AUGAAAACCCUCAGCAACACCAGCAACUCCAGCACCAUCACUGGCUUCAUCCUCCUGGGAUUCCCCUGCCCCAGGGAAGGGCAGAUCCUCCUCUUUGUGCUCUUCCUCAUUGUCUACCUCCUCACACUCAUGGGCAAUGCUUCCAUCAUCUGUGCAGUGCGCUGGGAUCAGAGACUGCACACACCCAUGUACCUCCUGCUAGCCAACUUCUCCUUCCUGGAGAUCUGGUAUGUCACCUCCACAGUUCCCAACAUGUUAGCCAACUUUCUCUCUGACACCAAGGUCAUCUCCUUCUCUGGGUGCUUCCUGCAGUUCUAUUUCUUCUUCUCCUUGGGGUCUACAGAAUGCUUUUUCCUGGCACUCAUGGCCUUUGACCGCUACCUGGCCAUCUGCAGGCCUCUACACUAUCCUGCUCUUAUGACUGGGCAUCUCUGUAACAUCCUUGUGAUCAGUUGCUGGGUGCUUGGUUUCCUCUGGUUCCCCAUUCCCAUUAUCAUCAUCUCCCAGAUGUCCUUCUGUGGAUCCAGGAUUAUAGACCAUUUCCUAUGUGACCCAGGCCCUCUGUUAGCACUGACUUGCAAAAAAGUUCCUCUAAUAGAGCUGAUCUUGUCCAUCUUAAGUCCUCUGCCUCUCAUUAUUCCUUUUCUCUUUAUCAUGGGGUCAUAUGCUCUGGUCCUAAUAGCUGUAUUGAAGGUCCCUUCAGCCUCUGGGAAAAGAAAAGCUUUCUCGACCUGUGGGUCUCAUUUGGCUGUGGUUGCAUUAUUCUAUGGCUCAGUACUUGUCAUGUAUGGGAGCCCAACAUCUGAGCAUGAAGCAGGAAUGCAGAAGCUUGUGACUCUGUUUUAUUCUGUCUUGACCCCACUUCUUAAUCCUGUGAUAUACAGUCUUAGGAACAAACAUAUGAAGACAGCCCUGAAAGCAAUUCUCGGGGAGGUUAAAAAAUGGUUGUCAAAAAAGAUCUUGGGCAAUUAA